AUGGGAUACCUUGAGGAGAAGUUAAAGGCACAUUACGCGCCAACCCCGUCCCGAAUUGCUCGACGGUUUAAAUUCCGGCAUCGCUUACAAGAAGAAGGGGAGCCCCUGAAUCUAUAUAUAGCCUCCCUCCGAACCGCUGCCCUGGAAUGCGAAUUCCAGGACCUAGAUGACGCCCUGUUGGAGCAGUUAGUCUGUGGCGUGAGGGAUCUUCGACUGCAGCGGCGUCUGUUAGCGAUGAAAGAUUUAACUCUCCCGAUGGCAUUAGACGAAGCACGAGCUGCCGAGAUGUCGGAAAGGUCUACCGCUGACAUCCGGCGCUUCCAAAAUUCUACCAGUCAGUCCACGGGGGUGCAUCACGAAGACGACGAUCCUGCUGACACCUCGGAUGAGGAGACAGAAGUGGACCGCCUGAAGACCUCACCGCCCGGAAAGAAAAGGCUGCAAAAGAAGAAAGUAGCUGCCUGCCUCAGCUGUGGGGAGUUUCAUCCUCGUGCAUCCUGCCGUUUCCGUUCCGCUAUUUGCCGCCGCUGUGGCAAGUCGGGGCAUAUUGCCAAAGUUUGCCAUUCUGCUGGGCAGCCGCCAGAUGAGUUAAAGUAUCGCGCCCCAGGGAAGCCCCCUAUGGGGUCCGCCUCGAAGACGGCAGGACGUGGCGGCGCCAUGUGGACCAACUACGAGGACGACCGUUAGCCAUUCCCCUACGUGGCGAGAGGGAACACCCGAUGCCCGCCUGGUGUGCGUUUCCCUCUAAUUCUGUUCCGGGUUCCAGCCCUCCACAUGAUGCCGUCAGCGACAACCGACCGCCCGACCUACCAGGGGGUGGAACUUCUCCCAUCGUUGUGGCUCCACCUUCUGGGGCCUCUGCAGCGCUGCAGGUCCAACCUCCUUCCAUUCGUGUCCAGCCGCCGUCCGUUCCUGAGUUACGGCGAUCCACCAGACCGCGUCGGCCCCCGGCAUACUUACAGGACUACGCAUGCGC